AUGGCAAACUCAACGCACGAAAGAAGCAUUUCUUUGGCUUUUCUUUUGCUGUCGAUUGUAUUGGCAGUGGCAGUACAAGCGCUGCAAUCCUCCGGCCAUGCCCCACCAGUCGGUUGCCUGGAAGAAGAGAGGCAAGCUCUUGUCAUGCUGAAAGCAAGCUUCAAAGAUCCGUCAUCGCGGCUUAUCUCUUGGGAAGAAAAGCAUGACUGUUGCCAAUGGAAUGGUGUGAGUUGUGACAACGUUACAGGCCACGUUGUCAAGCUUGAUCUCAGGAAUCCAUGCUUCCUAUCAAGGGAGUAUGGAUAUUUUCAACCAAAUUGUUCUCUCAGCAAAUACAUGCUUGAAUCUAAGCAACUGCAUUCUUCUUUGUUUCAGUUCAAAUAUCUCACUUAUUUGGACUUGAGCGGGAACAAUUUUCAUGCAAGUUCAAUUCCCACGUUCGUCAAUUCUUCUAUGCAGCAGCUGCAAUUUCUAUUCCUUUCUUGCUCUCGUUUUAGCGGGAGGAUCCCCUUCAGUCUUGGAAGCCUUACAAAACUGCUGUUUCUUGAUCUAAGCUUUAAUGCUUUGUAUUCUGACGAUGUGUUUUGGGUUUCUCAUCUUUCUGCGCUUAGGUACCUUCACAUGAGUGAUGUGCAUAUGGGGAAGGCACACAAUUUGUUGCAGGUACUUAAUAUGCUUCCUUCUUUGUUAGAACUUGACUUGACGAAUUGCAGUCUAAAUGAGUUGCAGAUUCGCCAUGAACUUGGUGGCGCCACAAACCUCUCUAGACUCCAAUUCCUUAAUCUCUCAAAGAAUGGAAUUGUUGAGGCUCCUUUUCUGGACACUUUUCAAAACUCAACUUCCAUUACUGUGCUCGAUCUUUCUUACAAUCGGUUGAAGGAAGUUCCAUUUUGGUUGGGUAAAUUUCUUAACCUUGCUAAUUUGAAUCUAAGGAGUAAUGUUCUUAGUGGUUCAUUUCCCUCUGUUCUUCAGAAUCUGACCUCUUUGAAAUAUCUUGACCUCUCUCAGAACAAUAUUGAUUCUGUUCCAUUGUGGCUAAGUGACUUAAAGGGUCUUCAACAUCUAAAUGUUUCAUUGAAUAAUUUAAGUCAUGUUGAGGGUUCUCUAGCUUCAAUUUUGGGAAACUGUUGCCAUCUUCAAACAUUUGAUUUGUCCGACAAUGAGAUUCAAGGAGAUCUAGGCCAUAUGGAAUCUGGUUGCAUGAGGUAUGAUUUAGAGAAAUUGGAUUUGAGUAAAAAUGAACUUCGUGGGCAACUACCGGCAUGGUUAGGGCAACUUGAAAAUCUGGUAGUCCUCUCACUUUAUUCAAAUUUAUUCUAUGGUUCCAUUCCUUCUUCUAUUGGAAAGUUAUCAAACUUGAAACAACUAAUCCUUUAUGAAAACCAGUUGAAUGGGACUAUUCCAGAUUCCAUUGGUUUGCUUGAAAAACUCAGUUACUUGGAUCUUACUUAUAAUCAAUUGGUUGGUGUGCUACCUAAUAGCAUAACAAAACUUGCAAAUUUGAAGUAUUUGUAUCUUUCAUAUAACAAAUUGCAUGGCUCUCUUCCAAAUUCUGUUGGACAACUUGUCAGUCUAGGUACCUUGCUUCUUGCCACUAAUAAUUUUAGUGGUGUGAUUCCUAGAAGUCUUGGGCAACUUGUAAACCUAGAAAUCCUGGAUCUUUCAGAAAACUCCAUACAAGGUACAAUUCCUCCAAGUCUUGGUCAACUUUCAAAAUUGAGGUUCCUAUAUCUUUAUAAAAAUAAUUUGCAUGGCAACAUUCCCCAAAGCUUGAGCCAACUUCUAAGGUUGCAAGAGUUAGAUAUGUCUUCUAAUCAUUUAGGGGGCUUGAUUUUUGAACUAAGAUGGUCUAAUCAGCUGCAAUUAUUCAACCUCUUUGGUAAUGCUUUCAUCGGUUCAGUUCCCCAUGAUAUUGCUGAUAGAUUGCCAAAUGUUAGGAGUUUCCUUCUCGGAAACAAUCUUCUAAAUGGAUCAAUUCCGAAUUCAUUGUGCAAAAUAGACUCUUUGUACAUUCUUGAUCUUUCAAGCAACAAUUUUUCUGGGGAAAUACCUGAUUGUUGGAGAGCUACACAGGAAGUAAGUGAUAUUGAUCUUUCAUCAAAUAGAUUAUCUGGCAUUAUUCCAAGUUCCAUUGGUAAUCUUCCCUCUUUAGAAUGGUUGCAUUUGAAUAAUAAUAGUUUUCAUGGAGACUUUCCACCAUUUUUGAGAAAGCUAAAGCAACUCAGACUUUUGGAUCUUGGAGAGAAUAAUUUGUCAGGGAUUUUACCUUCAUGGAUUGGGGACUUUUUUUCCUCGAUGUAUUUGCUUAGGCUACCACAAAACAAGUUCUAUGGAAACAUUCCAACAAAGAUAUGCCAACUUCUUGAACUUCGAAUCCUGGUUCUUUCUAACAACAAGAUGAGCGGCCCAAUCCCUCAUUGUAUCAUGAAUCUUGCAGGAAUGAUUUUGAAAAAGAAAUCAAAUGAAACAAAUGCAGAUUCUCAAGAUCAACUGCAGAAUGAACAAGAAGUCAUGUUGAGCUUGAAAGGAGCAGAACUUGUUUAUAGCACAAAUCUAAGACUAGUAGCCGACUUUGACUUAUCCAAUAAUAAUUUGAGUGGAUCUAUUCCUGAAGGAAUAACUAUGCUCACAGCAUUGCAAAGCUUAAAUCUAUCAUACAAUAAGUUCUCAGGCAAAAUCCCUUCACAAAUAGGAGAUAUGAAGUUGCUAGAAUCUUUUGAUGUUUCCCACAACUUGCUUUCAGGCAUGAUUCCAAACAAUAUGAGUAGUUUAACUUUUCUAAAUCACUUAAAUUUGUCCUACAACAACCUUUCAGGACCAAUCCCAAAAGGAAACCAGUUUCAAACCCUUGAUGAUCCAUUUUUGUACAUUGGUAACCCUUCUCUUUGUGGGCCUCCACUACAAAAUCAAUGUAAUGCACCUGUUGAUGAUUCCCAGGAAGAUGAUGAUGAAGAUGAAGAUGGCAAAGACAAAGAAGACCAGAAAGAAAAAUGGUUGUUCUACUUUGUUGUGGCUUUGGGCUUUAUUACUGGGUUUUGGGGAUUCAUUGGUGUUUUUUUGUUGAAAAAAGGUUGGAGGCAUGCUUACUUUCAAUGCAUUGAUGAUGCAAUGCACAAGAUUGUUACAAUUGCAAGAAGUAAACAAGAUUGA